AUGUUUCAGACUAUGAAGACAUUACCGUUGUUUGUUGUUGUGGCCCUUCUAGUUGUCGAUGUUUUCCCACAGGAUGGUAAGAAAGAUGAUACCCAUGGUUCGAAAGAUGAUAAAAGUGUGAAAUACGGCACUAUCAUUGGAAUUGAUCUUGGUACCACAUACAGCUGUGUCGGCGUUUAUAAAAGUGGACGAGUGGAAAUCAUUGCCAAUGAACAAGGUAAUCGAAUUACGCCUUCGUACGUGGCAUUCACUGGUGAUGGUGGUGAGCGUCUUAUUGGUGAUGCUGCUAAAAACCAGUUAACAACAAAUCCGAAAAAUACUGUCUUUGAUGUUAAGCGUCUGAUUGGUCGAGAAUAUAAGGAUCCGACUGUACAGCAAGAUAUUAAACACUGGCCUUUCAAUGUUCUGGAUGAAAAGAACAAACCAAUGGUACGAGUGACAGUUGGCAAAGCCGAAAAAACCUUCGCCCCUGAAGAGAUUUCAGCAAUGGUACUCGGCAAAAUGAAGGAAAUUGCGGAAGCAUAUCUAGGAAAGAAAGUGGAACAUGCAGUGGUCACGGUACCCGCUUACUUUAAUGAUGCACAGCGUCAAGCUACCAAAGAUGCAGGUACUAUUGCUGGCCUCAAUGUUGUCCGCAUCAUCAAUGAACCUACGGCUGCUGCUAUCGCUUAUGGGUUGGAUAAGAAGGAGGGUGAACGCAAUAUUCUUGUCUUCGAUCUUGGUGGUGGUACUUUUGAUGUGUCGGUGUUGACGAUUGAUAAUGGUGUUUUCGAAGUGCUAGCUACCAAUGGUGAUACUCACUUGGGUGGUGAAGACUUCGACCAGCGAGUUAUGGAACAUUUUAUCAAAGUAUUCAAGAAGAAAACCGGCAAGGAUUUACGAAAAGAUACUCGUGCUGUGCAGAAAUUACGACGGGAAGUAGAAAAGGCGAAACGAGCAUUAUCCACACAGCAUCAAGUGCGGCUGGAAAUCGAAUCGCUGUACGAUAAUGAAGAUUUCUCUGAAACGCUAACGAGAGCGAAAUUUGAGUCAUUAAACAUGGAUUUGUUCCGUUCAACACUAAAACCAGUGCAGAAAGUUUUGGAAGAUUCCGAUAUCCAGAAAAAAGAUAUCGACGAAAUUGUUCUUGUUGGCGGUUCUACUCGUAUUCCUAAAGUGCAGGAACUCCUUAAGGAGUUCUUUAAUGGAAAGGAGCCGUCGCGUGGUAUCAAUCCAGAUGAAGCUGUAGCAUAUGGCGCAGCAGUCCAGGCUGGUGUUAUUUCGGGUGAAGAAAGCACUGGUGACAUUGUACUGUUAGAUGUGAACCCUUUGACUCUUGGCAUUGAAACAAUUGGUGGUGUUAUGACAAAACUUAUUAACAGGAACACUGUUAUCCCUACCAAGAAGAGUCAGAUUUUCUCUACGGCAGCUGAUAAUCAGCCAACAGUCACUAUUCAGGUUUAUGAAGGAGAACGACCAAUGACAAAAGACAACCAUAUCUUGGGCAAGUUUGAUUUGACGGGUAUCCCACCUGCACCGCGAGGUGUACCGCAGAUCGAGGUUACGUUUGAAAUCGAUGUGAAUGGCAUUCUACACGUCACAGCAGAGGAUAAAGGUACAGGGAACAAGAAUAAAAUUACGAUCACAAAUGAUCAUAACCGUCUGUCACCAGAAGAUAUUGAGAGGAUGAUAAACGAUGCGGAGAAAUUCGCUGAUGAAGACAAGAAGGUGAAAGAGCAGGUGGAAGCAAGGAACGAAUUGGAAAGUUAUGCUUAUUCAUUGAAGAACCAAAUUGGUGAUAAAGAGAAAUUGGGUGGUAAAUUGGAUGAUGGUGACAAGAAAACGAUUGAAAGCGCCGUUGAUGAUGCCAUUUCAUGGCUUGAAAGCCACAAGGAUGCAUCUGUUGAGGAGUUGCAAGAGCAUAAGAAAGAUUUGGAAAGCAAAGUACAACCGAUUAUUGGCAAGUUAUACAAAGAUCAGGGUGUGCCGCCACCAGAAAGUGCCGCACCGGGCGAGGACAAGGAUGAACUUUAGAAAAUUCCGUCGUUUCUCUUUUGUUUUUCCUUCUUUUCGGACGAUUUUACGCCAGUGAGGAUCUUGAAUAAGUCGGGUUUAAUUAGCGUCGUGACCUCGUAUUUUGUUUGUUGUUUAACAAGGUCAGGAUGUUAACCACCUGUCCUCCAUACAUUAACCAGAAUAACUUUAUUUCGAAUCGACCGAUAUCUGAAGCUUGUCACUUCUGAGUACAACAUCAAGUUGUUCCUUUAGUUUUUUCUUUACUUCUAAGUUUCCCUUUUUAGUUUCUAAUAAAUUCUGGCUUUAUUAAGCUUGGUACGGUUAGCGUUUGUUGUAUCUUUCUAUAGUGAACGUGUUUAAUGAUCACUAUUAUUUUGAGUUUCUCCAGAAUAGCGAUUUUUUUCGGCCUCAACUGCAUUACUUAAUUUACAUGUAACUCAGCGGGAAAUAAAAUUCAAAUAAACAUAUAUAAGUACAGAAUAGCACAAUUCGCUACCAGUUUUUCGUUACAUCAAGUAUUUCUGACGUCAAUCGGUUUUAAUUUACUGAAGUUCUUGCGGCAAUAAAUUAAUUUUUCAUCUCAUUUGAUUGGAUCUAUUUGCAACUGUUUUGUACAUUUUUCCAAUGACUUUAAUUCCCGA